ACCGAACGAGGCCUCAGUGUUGUUCUGGGCCGUAUGGAUGAGUUGCUUCAUCGAAAACAAAAUGGUCUCGGUCGAGAGGAUAAAGCAAUUUACAAACAUAGCAUCUGAGGCAGAAUGGAGGAUCAAAGACUGCCUACCUGUUGCAAACUGGCCGACAAGAGGCGAUAUCGAUGUCAUUGAUCUCAAGGUUAGGUACCGGCAUAACACACCACUCGUGCUGAAGGGCAUCACGCUACGCAUACACGGAGGAGAGAAGAUUGGAGUUGUCGGUAGAACUGGCAGUGGGAAAUCAACAUUGAUCCAGGCCCUGUUCAGAAUAGUGGAACCUUCAGAGGGGAAGAUAAUCAUUGACGGCGUUGACAUCUGCACCUUAGGACUCCAUGAUCUGAGGUCUCGGUUCGGUAUCAUCCCUCAAGAGCCAGUACUCUUUGAAGGUACCAUCCGGAGCAACAUUGAUCCGCUCCAGGAGUACUCAGAUGUUGAAAUUUGGCAGGCCUUGGACCGGUGUCAGCUGAAAGAAGCUGUGACAUCAAAACCUGAAAAGCUUGACGCAUCAGUUGUUGACAACGGUGAGAACUGGAGUGUGGGACAACGGCAACUGCUUUGUCUAGGCCGGGUGAUGCUGAAACACAGUAACAUACUGUUCAUGGAUGAGGCCACUGCAUCGGUGGAUUCCCAAACCGACGCUGUGAUUCAGAGAAUCAUCCGGGAAGACUUUGCAGAGUGUACAAUCAUCAGCAUUGCGCACAGGAUACCGACGGUCAUGGACUGCGACAGAGUCCUGGUCAUAGAUGCAGGACUAGCCAAGGAGUUUGACCGGCCUGCCGCCCUGAUUGAAAGGCCAUCGCUCUUUGGAGCAUUGGUUCAAGAGUAUGCAAACCGGUCAUCUGACGUGUAGCCAAUGAGGUAAUGGCCAAUUUUUGAGUUCAAAAUUUGGGAGGAAUUCCUGGAUGGGGAUCUUCAGGAGGUGACACGAGCAACCUUCAUUCAAGCUCUCUGAGCAGCAUGUCCUAAAAAAUAUGUGAGCUGUGAUUGAUCAUGAGAAAGAUCAGGAGAAGCCAGAGUGUGAGGUAGGCAUCGAGAUGUGCAGAGACAAACUCCAAGAUAUCUUUGAGCCCAUCAAGCUUGAAUGUUUUCUACUACUAUGAGCUGAAGCUGGUAUAUAAUGUAUUUUGCAAAUAUUUUUAGUUCAACGGUGACCUGUAUGAAACUGAGUCUCACGGGAUUUGAAGAACAUUUCUUUGUCCGAGAGAAUGUGAAAACGUUUGGUUCGUGCUGUUUA